UAUGUAUAUAAAUACAGGUGUCUACUUCUUAACUGUUCAAUUCAGCCGCAAACAUGGACGCCGCAGCAUUCUCCUCUGCAGUUGCUCAAUUCUCGACCAAGUUCUGUAAUGAACUUGAUAAUACUACGAAUAUUGUGUGCUCACCGCUGUCCGCUGAAAACUUGUUGGCUUUGUUAACUCUUGGUUCAACAGACCCAGCUCGAACCGAAUUGCUUAAAGCCCUAGGCUUCCCUGAUAAUGACGAUCAUAAGAGCAUUCGAUCGACUUUCGGUGCUCUUAACGGUAAACUGAAAGCUAUUAAAGGUGUAACACUUCUUGUCGCCAACAAAAUAUACAUUAAAGAUGGUGGCUACGAGGUAGAGCCAGAAUUGAAGAAAGAUGCUGAGGAUAUAUUUGAUACCGAAUUUGAGAAGAUAAACUUUAAAGACAGUGCUUCUGCAGCACAACUCAUAAAUCAAUGGGUUGAACACAAAACUAAAAACCAGAUUAAGGAUCUGUUUUCUUCGUCCAGUUUUAGUGCGUUCACUCGUUUGGUGCUUGUUAACGCACUUUAUUUCAAGGGUGUAUGGAAAAAUCAGUUUAACCCCAAGGAUACAAUAAAACAGGUGUUCCACUUGGAUGAUAAAAAAACGGUCAAAAUACCUAUGAUGUUUAAAGAACAGAAAUUUAAUUACUACGCGAGUCCCGAUCUCCAGGCUCAGUUGCUAGAAGUGAGCUAUGCAGGAGAGGAAACGAGUAUGGUAUUUAUAUUACCGGACGAUAUCGUAGGUCUCAACGCAGUCAUGCAAAAUUUGGCCGACGGACAUGACCUCAUGUCUGAAAUUAAAAAGAUGACCCCAACUAAAGUGAAGGCCACCCUUCCCAAGUUCAAGGUCGAAACCGAAAUUGACCUUACGAAGUUACUACCGCAGCUUGGUAUUAAAGCGAUCUUCAACAAGGACGAUUCCGGUUUAAGUGAGCUCUUGAGUCCUGCUCAGGAAGUGUAUGUAACGGAAGCGAUACAAAAAGUUUACAUCGAAGUGAAUGAAACAGGCGGUGAAGGCGGCGACGGUUCAGGUAUUGAUAUACGGUCAAUUUCUUUCAUGGCUGACGCCGAGACGCGGGAAUCAGCGUACUUCCGAGCGGACCACCCGUUCCUCUACCUGCUCAUGGGUCCAGAUAACACGAUUUUGUUCAUCGGCGCCUAUCGCGGCAAUUAAUCAGCAAUUACCGAAAUAAAUUGCUUCUACAGUUUCUUCUACUAUUAUAAGAAAGCAGCGGUGUCUCUCUUCACGGCCGGCCAUCCAUUCCUGACAUCGAACCUUAUCAAAGUCACGCCUUUCGUCUACUACACAUCGUAGCGGAUAAUUGCUUGCUCCUUGAAGUAGCGGUUCAGCCAAGGCGAAUUGCAUCUCCCAAGAUAACAUACUCCCGCGCCAACCUUUCAUUUUUAUAUCAUAUAGAAUUGUAUAAUGUAAAAAAAAUAUGGCUUUGAUUUUAUACUUCAAAUUUUGUUUUCUUUUUUUUUAUCAUUUUAAUAAAAGCUUUUUU